UCUUUCAACACUUCACCUCCAUAUCUCUCCUCCUCCCCCAAAUCUCCCAAAAACACACACACACACACAAAUAUUUUAUAAAAAAGAAAACAAAUAUUUCCACAGAGUAAGAAGAAUCAGAGACUGCCCCGCGAGCUUUUCUUUCUUUUUUUCACACCUCUGUUUUUGAUUAAAGAAGAAAUGAUGAUGGAAAGUAGAGAUCCAGCUAUUAAGCUCUUCGGUAUGAAAAUCCCUUUCCCGGCUGUUUUUGAACAACCGUUGACGGUGGCGGUGGUUGAGGAAGAGCAUACCGGCGGAGAUGAUAAAUCACUAGAGAAGGUAACUACAGAGCAAGUAACUCCAGAGUUAUCAGAGAAGAAGAAUAACUGUAACAACAACAACAAUCUGAAUGAUUCAAAACCCGAGACAGGGGACAAAGAGGAAGAGGCGACAUCAACUGAUGAUCAGACAGAGAGCGAUCAGCAGACAACAGAAGACGGUAAAACCCUGAAGAAACCAACCAAGAUUCUGCCUUGUCCCAGGUGCAAAAGCAUGGACACCAAGUUCUGUUAUUACAACAACUACAACAUCAACCAGCCUCGCCAUUUCUGCAAGGCCUGUCAGAGAUACUGGACCGCCGGAGGCACCAUGAGGAACGUACCCGUCGGUGCUGGACGCCGCAAGCACAAAAGCUCCUCCUCUCAUUACCGUCACAUCACCAUCUCCGAGGCUCUCCAGGCUGCAAGGCUCGAUCCCGGCUUACAAUCCAACACACGUGUCCUGAGCUUUGGUUUACAAGCUCAUCAGCAGCACGCUGCUCCCAUUACCCCUGUGAUGAAGCUACAAGGAGACCAGAAAGUCCAAAACGGAGCUAGAAACGGGUUAGCGGAUCAGCGGGUUGAGAAUGGAGAUGACUGCUCAAGUGGAUCCUCUGUGACUACUACCUCAGUGGAUGAAACAAGAGCACAGAACUGCAGAGUUGUUGAACCACAAAUGAACAGCAACAACAACAUGAAUGGUUAUGCUUGCAUCCCUGGUGUACCAUGGCCCUACACGUGGAAUCCAGCGAUGCCUCCACCAGGUUUUUACCCACCUCCAGGGUAUCCAAUGCCGUUUUACCCUUACUGGACCAUCCCAAUGCUACCACCGAAUCAGUCCUCAUCACCUAUAAGUCAAAAGGGUUGGAGUCCAAACUCUCCCACUCUAGGGAAGCACUCGAGAGACGAGGAACCUUCAAGAAAGGGCGAUGAAACAGAGAGGAAACAGAGGAACGGGCGGGUUAUAGUCCCCAAAACGUUGAGAAUAGACGAUCCUGACGAAGCAGCAAAGAGCUCUAUAUGGACAACAUUGGGAAUCAAGAACGAAGGUUCGAGAUUGGGAAGCAAAGGCGGUGGUAUGUUCAAAGGGUUUGAUCAGAAGACGAAGAAGAGUAACAACGAGAACCCUCCUCUUCUUUCUGCUAACCCUGCUGCUCUAUCGAGAUCACUCAAUUUCCAAGAACGGGUCUAGAGUUGAUAUACGUAUGUGUGUAUAUAUAUAUAUAUGUAUGAUUGUUUGUAUAUACAUUUUAUUGGAGAAUGAAGGUUUUGAGACUCUU